AUGAUGCCCUAUUUUACCACCUCUCCCCUCUCUUUUGUGUUUAUAGAUGCUCUUUUGGAUGAACAUAAAAGGAAUGACCUUUUUACAGACAACUUUUGUAAAGUGUGUGGCGCAGUACUACAGUUUGAAUCCCAAAGGAUUUCACAUUAUGAGGGCAAAAAGCAUGCUCAAAAAGUUAGACUUUAUUUCCAAAUUCAUGGGGAACAAAGUGAAGCCCAAGUGCCUGAUAAAAAAGUGAAGCUGGAUUUCCUGAAUCUUCAGACGGAUGGGAGUGGAGUAGUGGACAAAAACAAAUUUUGUGAUCUCUGCAACAUGAUUUUUAGUUCCCCAGUUGUUGCUCAGUCUCACUAUUUGGGGAAAGUUCAUGCCAAAAAGUUGAAGCAGUUAAUGGGAGAACAUGCUCAGACGUCUCCACCAAGUACUCAGCCAGACAAGGCAGGUCCGCCUGUGGCUAGUUGUGCAGGGCCAGAGCCACAGCAGCCGGCCUCUGAGCGAGCCACCCCAGAAGCAGCGGCAGAAGAAGCCCCCCCCUCCUCUGGUGGCCCCACUUUGGAUCUGAAUGAUCCAGACAGAUACUGUGAGCUCUGUUGCGCCUCCUUCAACAGCCCACUCAUGGCCCAGCAGCACUAUGUGGGCAAGAAGCACAAGAGGAGCGAGGCCCGGAAGAAGAUCCUGGAGGAGAUAGGACAGAAGACACUCCCUGCAGAGUCCACGUCCAGUGCACUUGGUGUGGGUCACUACAUCUGUCCCAUUUGUAGUAUCACCCUUACAUCCAUAGAAAUGUACCAGUCCCACAUGCAAGGAAAUAAACACCAGAUUAAAGAGUCCCUGGUUGUCAAUCUCAUGAAGAAUUCCAAGAGAACCUUUCACUCUUUCCAAGAUGAGCUGGCUGACUACAUCCAAGUGCAGAAAGCCCGAGGGCUAGAGCCCAAGACCUACUUUCGGAAGAUGGGAGAGGAGCACUUUGAGAUGGACGAGUACAAGGAGGAGCGCAGUGCCAGGCCCCAAAGUCUGGCGGCCUUCGAGCAGAGACUCCCGCCUGAGACUUUCCAGGCCUGCCCAGGAGCGUACGGCCUCACUCGAACAGUGGAGAACACGUUGUCCCACUGGUCGCCCGUCCACGACAGCAGACUCAGGCUGGAAUCUCUUGGCCACUGCCAGCCCAGCAAGGAAGAGUUCUCAGAGAAAUUAAUGGCCCUGGGGCCCACGCAGCAGGACAAUAACUCGGGCCCGUCCAGCAUCUCCUCAGACAACAGCACCAAUUCCUACCAGCCAGGUCAUAAACCCAAAAUGACUCACCGGAGGAAGAAAAGGCAUCCGAGGGAGGAGGGAGAAGAACGGCCAAAUGAGGAAGAGAAGAGGAAGAAGACCAUGGAGGACAAAGACUCGGGCAAAGACCAUAAGGCCAUCCGGAGGAAGAAGGCGGAGGCAAAUGCAACCAGUGUAGGAAAGUCAAAGCAUAGGAAAGAGAGGAGAAAUCGGGAAAUAGCCACCAAUAAAGAAGACCGGAGACACCGCAAAGAGAAGAAGGAGCUCCUGCCCAGGAGGACCGAGGAGGAGAUGCUGUGGGACGAGUCCAUCCUGGGCUUCUGAGGCUGCCCGCUUUCAGGGAGGGGCCAACGCUGAUGUGGCCUUUGGACACCCGGCCACCUGGCAAGGUCACCCCAAAGUAUUCAGCCUAUUCUCCAGCACUUUAAAAUGAGGAGAAAUCACUUCUCCUAAUAGUUUUUAAAAUGAUUUCAUGAAAAUGCCAUGUUUUUUUCCAGGUAACGCUGCUUCAUUUUGUGUGGAAGACUACUUUUCUUUUCCAGGUAGCAAUGAUAUCUUUGAGUUAUCAUUUAUUUCAAAUGACCUUUCUGAAUUUC